AUGCCCUCUUUUGCUGAAAGAAAGAGGCUGGUGUGGGGCUCUUGGGUUGUGGCCUUUCUGGACGCACUCAUAAAUAUCCUCCUGGCUUUGACUAUGGACUUCUGUGAUGUUCAGACCAUUCACCACUACUCCUGUGAGCUGCCUUCCCUCUUCCCUCUCUCCUGCUCUGAUGUCUCCACCAACACUACCAUGCUGCUCUGCUCUGCCCUCCUGCAUGCCACUGGAACCUGCCUCCUCAUCUUCUUCUCUUAUGUUCGCAUUGUCUCCACCAUCUUGAGCAUCAGCUCCACCUCAGGCAGAAGCAAGGCCUUCUCCACCUGCUCCUCUCACCUCACCGCAGUGAGCCUGUUCUAUGGCUCAGCCAUUCUUCGCUAUCUCAUGCCAACCUCGGGCUCAUCUCUGGAGCUGAUCCUCUCCAUACAGUACAGUGUGAUCACGCCCCUGCUGAAUCCACUCAUCUACAGCUGGAAGAACAAGGAGGUGAAAGCCGCUCUGAGGAGAAUGACGAUAAAAUAUUUACAAUGUCUCAGCACUGAAGAGAUAUAA